AUGGCUACCUCUCCGCCGGGGUCGCCGGACGUCCCUGCGCAACGGCCGAUGAGCGUGUUGAUGCGCCCGUCGACGAGGAGUACGAGCCGGUUGAGCAUGACGGGGAAGCUUGGGGGGCAAGGAGCGGGAGGGAGUAGAGCGGGAGGGAGUAGAGCGUCGGAUGAGGAUGGGAAGACGAGUGUGAGAGUUGCUAUCCGCGUCAGGCCGCCGCUCCGACCAGAGGACCCUGGAUACGAACUUGUCCCGCAGCGAUUCCAGCGAUCAAUGGUGCAAGUCACAUCCCCGACGAGCGUCACAAUCGACUCCCCACAAGGCCGCAAGCUCUUCGUCUUCGACCGCGUCUUUGGCGAGGAUGUCAACCAAGAAGGCGUCUGGGAGUACCUCUCCGAGAGCGUCAACGCCUUCGUCCAGGGCUACAACGUCUCCAUGCUCGCCUACGGCCAGUCUGGAGCUGGGAAAUCAUAUACCAUGGGAACAUCCGGCCCCGACGACCAGGGCGACAUGGAUGUCAUGGGUGUGAUCCCGCGCGCUGCCGCAGCGCUGUUUGAGAAACUCGAAGGCCCCAAGCCAGCGAGCAAUCGCGACUCCAUAUCCGCCCUGCGCGCGCCGAAGAGGUACUCUGCGCAGCCCGGCGCGUAUGCCGGGAAGCCGGCCGAGAAGAACUGGACGCUGAAGGCGACGUAUGUCGAGAUUUACAAUGAGCAGCUGCGCGAUCUGCUGGUGCCGGAGCAUGUGCCCAUGGCGGAGCGGGGACAGGUCUCGAUUCGCGAGGAUACGAAGGGGCAUAUUUUACUUACGGGCUUGCACGCGGUGGAUGUUAAUUCGGUGGAGGAUCUGCUUAAUGCGUUGAAUUUCGGGUCGAUGAUCAGACAGACGGAUUCCACGGCCAUCAAUGCCAAGUCGUCGCGCUCGCACGCUGUUUUCAGCUUGAACCUCCUGCAGCGCAAGAGCAGCACUGGCGGUCCGACGACAAAAUCAGAGAAGCGAUUCUCCGUCCCGCUUGAGGCCAUGACUGGCUCGGAGAGCUGGGUCACGAUUGACAGCAAGUUCCACUUCGUCGAUCUGGCUGGUAGCGAACGUCUCAAGAACACUGGUGCGCAGGGCGAGCGAGCUAAGGAGGGAAUCUCCAUCAACGCCGGACUCGCCAGCCUAGGCAAGGUCAUCUCGCAACUCUCCUCCCGCCAAGCAGGAUCGCAUGUCUCAUACCGCGACUCGAAGCUCACCCGCAUGCUCCAGGACUCGCUCGGAGGGAAUGCAAUCACCUACAUGGUUGCUUGCGUCACGCCCGCGGAGUUCCAUCUCAGUGAGACCCUCAACACAGUUCAGUACGCCCAGCGCGCUCGCGCUAUUCAGAGCAAACCCCGCAUUCAGCAGGUCUCGGACGAGACGGACAAGCAGGCACUCAUCGACCGCCUCAAGGCCGAGGUCGCCUUCCUGCGCGAGCAGAUCCGCAGCUCGGGCUGUAACGACCACCCAGCCUCGCAUGGAGGGACUCCGAGCGCACGCUCUGAUCGCCGCAAUGACGCGGAGAUUGACCUCCAGAACCAGCUCUUGGAUAGUCAGGAGAGCUAUAAUGCGCUCAGCUCGCGCCACGCCAAGCUCAUCUCCGAGAUGACCAAGGCGCGCGAUACGGAGAUCGCGGAGAAUGCAACGAAGGAGGAUAGCCUCGGCGACCGCGCGACGGAGCGUCUACAGCGCUCUAAUGCGUUCGCAGAGGCCGUGGAGCAGGUUGUCCUCGAGUACGAGGAGACGAUCCGUAGUCUCGAGCAAUCGCUAUCUAGCACGCGCGCGUCGCUGUCGAACACAGAGACCACGCUGCUCGAGCGCGAGACCAAGUGCGCGUACAUCGAGACGGUGAACUCGCAGCUCCAAGCCCGCCUGCAGAAGCUCAUGGACCGCGAGGCGAGCACUGAGAAUUACCUCCAUGAUCUUGAGAUUAAGCUGGAUGGCCAUACGAGCGGAGAGGAGAAGAACUCGGCCAUUGUGGCGGAGCUGAGGAAGGAGAUUGCGAGGGUUAGGGAGAAUGAGGCCAGCUGCGAGGAUUACAUCUCUACUCUCGAAGAGCGCCUCGCUGAGUCUGACUCCGAUGCUGAAGUCAUGCGCCGUGAGAUCGAGCGUCUCGAGCAUGUCGUCGAGCGCCAGCGCAGCCUGGGCAAAUUAGACAAGCUCCUCUACGAACUCGAUAGCGUGCGUCAGGCCGAGUCCACCACCGAGACUCCCGCCCCCGCCACCAACGGCAAGAUCCCGCACUCCCGCAACAUGAGUUACGCGAGCAGACACGGACAAUCCGAGGUUAUCCACGAGCGCGACGAGAUCGAAGGCUCCGAACCCCGCUCCCUCGACGAUGACGACGAAAAGGAGGGACAACGCACCCCCAACGACGUCCCAGCCCUCAGCCCAGACGGCAGCACCCGCUCCGAAACCGACGGCCCCGUCGACAACGGCGAGCCCCUCGACGCAGACGAGGCAUUCACCCCCUCUGAUGCACGCGCGCGCACCCCUACUUUGAGCCGCAAGCCCACCAUCGACGUCGUGACCGCCGAGCUUCUCGACCUGCGCAUGACCCACGAGUCGACGGUGAGCGAAUAUGGGAACCUAGCCGCUAAAUACGAAGAAGCGCUGCGUGCGCUGGCCGAGCUCCAGGAUGUGGUCGAGGGUCGCCAGUCGUACGGGAAUGCGAAGAGGGAUAGCAUGCUGUCUGCCGCGACGCCGGCGCAGACGAGACCGACGUCUUUUUUAGCCGUUGGAGACUCCGCGGGAGCGCAGUCGAGAUCGCUCUCGUCGGAGUUGUGCUUGGUUGGGGAGUCGCCCUCGUUGAUUACGCAUGCGUCUGAGGGGGGGGAUGUGGUUGUUAAUGUUCCGCAGACUGAGGAGACCGCUGCGUCGGCGGCGCUGGAGGAGCAGCAGCCGAGGGGCGUUAGUGUCCAGGAUGAAGCUAUCGCUGCUGAAGUAGAGAGUCUGCGCGCCCUCGCCGCCGAGCGGGAAGCCGCACAACUCGCACUUGCGGAGAAGUACGCGCAGCUCGAGGAACAGCACGCCGAGACGCUGGAUGUGGUCGAGGAACUCAAGACGGAGGUGCACAAGGCGAAGAUGGACAUGGUCCCCAAGUCACCCAAGAACUCCAGCCCCGUCAUCCGCCGCAAGUCGAGCCAGGGCAUGAUGAUCAUCGACCGCGCGCACCGCUCCUUCGCAUCCCUGCGGAACAUCGCCACCGAGCACUUCGAGGCGCAGCCGGACGUGAUGCAGAAUUUCGAACUCAACCUCAAUGCCGCGAUGCAUGAGCUGCACAUGCGCUCGGAGCGUGUGCAGGAGCUUGAGGCGGAUAUGCAGGGUGUGAAGAGGGAGAUGGAGACUAAGAUGUCGAUUAUCUCGGGGUUGACGAGGGAGAGGACUAGUAUUAGUCAGGCCCCGAUUGAUAUGUCCGCCCUUAGUCGCAUGCAGGAACAGAUUAUGAUGAGUGAGAAUGAGUUGAGGGUGCAGCAGGAGAUGCAUGCUGCGAGGGAGGCGGAGUUGGGUGAGGAGGUGGAGGGGCUGAGGAGGGCGAUUAAGGAGGCGGGUGAUAAGCCUGCUGCUGCUGUUUCUGCUGCUGCUGCGACUGUUGCUGCGAAGGAUGUCGAGGCUGAGUCGACUGAUCGCUCGGUGCCUUCGCAGGAGCUGGAGAGUGCUAAGAGAGAGCAGGAUGGAGCCAAUGCUGAGCGCGAGAGCAGGAUCGCGGAGUUGGAGGGCGAGCUGAAGAGCUGGGAGGGCAGACACCAGGAGGCUCCCCUGUCGAUGCAGGGUAGCGAGAGGCAGCUACAAGAUACGAUCACCAAGCUCGAGAACCAGAUCAAGGCCGUCAAGCGGGACAAUGAGAUCGCCUCAGCCGCCGCCACCGCCGCAGCAGCUACCGCCGCCGCCGCAGCAGCUACCGCCAUCGCAGCAGCAGGCGCAGCCGUCGUCGUCUCAGCCCGCGACACCGAGCCCGAGCCAGAGAAGGAAACCGACCGCGGCAUCCCCGUCGCGGAAUUCGAGGCCCAACAAACACAGCACGAAGAGCGCGUGUCGAGCCUGCAGAAGGAGAUCGAAGAGCACCGCUCUGCGGUCCAGGCGAGCGCAUCCCAGAUCACCCAGCUGGAGGAGGCGCAUGCGCUCACAAAGUCGCAGCUCGCUGAUACGGCGAAGGCGCGUGAUGUCACUGCCGCCGACGCAGAGGAGCACAAGUCCCUCGUGUCAAGGUUGGAGGAGCAGAUUUCCGCACAUGAGGGUGUAGUGAAGGCGCACCAGGAUGGGUUGGCUGAACUCCACGCUAGCCAUGCGAGAGAGGUGGAUGGGGUCAAGGAGAGCGGGAAGGCGGAGCAGGAGGUUGUGCUGGCGAAUCUGGCGGCGGAACAUCAGGUGGGUCUUGAGGCUAUGAAUAAGGAGCUCAUGGAUGCACGUGAGGGUCUCAUCAGCGCUGCUGAGAGGGUAGCUGCUGCUCUUGGGGUGGAAGCAAGUGUCGACGCGCUGGAGGACCGGAUCGCCGAGUUGGCGACCGCCCAUGCUGCAUUGACCGGCGAGAAGACCCGCGCAGCGGAGAUGGAGAGCCACGUCCUCGACUUGUCGUCCAUAAACGACAAGGUAAUGAAAGAGCUCGAGACCGUCAAAUCCGAGCUCGCCACCCUCCUCUCCACCACCACCGCCCACGCAACCGUCAAGGAACAACUCGAAGUCCUCCGCGCCGAGAUGUCCGCCCUCGAAACAAAGAACAAGAAGAACUCCCGCCUGGUAGAAGAACUCGAGGACCAGCUCGCCGCGAACUUCGACCAGCACCAAGCCGUACACAACCGCCUCAGCACCCUGCAAAGCGAGCGCAAUUCCCAGCUCGACGAGGCGAAUGCUGCUAGAGCGCGCGUCGAGCAGGAGCUCAACGCCGUCAGGGAGGAGUACGCAGGGCUCCAGGCGAAGCUAGAUGAGAUAGCGCUGUCUGACAACACGGCCGGCGCGCGCACGUCCAACAGCAGCAGCUCCACCAUCCGCAAGACGUUGAGCGUGGCGUCGCCCAUCCCGUCGCCGCCACCUGCCGGGCCGCUGCCGCCGAUCCCGCAUAUCUCCAUCCCGCCGAACUCGCUGAGCCUGAGCGCGCCGCUGAGUCCGAAGGACGCGACGCUGGCGCUGGCGCAGAUGCAGGAGGAUCAGGAGGCGAAGAUUAGGAGUAUUGAGAAGCAUCUUAGUGCGGAGAAGCAGCUUACUGCUACGCUUGAGGAGGCGCUGACGGAUCUGGAGAGGCAGAGUAAUAAAGUCAAGGCGGAGGCGGAGGCGUGGAGGAGGCGCGCGAUGGAGGCUGAGGCUGCCAAGCGCGGGGGGGAAGAGGCGAAGAGGAGGCUGGAGGAGCAGAGUCGGAAGUUGGAGGAGCAGGUUGCGGAGGCGAAGAGUAGGGAGCUCGAGAAGGUGAAGAGCGAGGCGACGGGGACGGAGGCGAGGUGGAGUAUUCAGCGUGGGGAGGCGGAGAGGAGGAAGAGGGGGGAGGCGGAACGGAUGACGAAGCAGUUGGAGGAUAGGAUGGGGAAGGUGGCGAGUAAGAAGAAGAAGGGGAGCUUGAAUUGCUUCUAGUCACCCCUUGCUUAUGACUUCUGGCUCCUUCUAACCCUUCUGAUACCCCCCCCCCUUCUUUUUUUUAAUGACCAGGGGAUGGGGGAUGGGGGAUGGGGGGGUUGUAUGGAUGUACGCGUUUAUGUAUACGCCUGUUUUUUAUCAACGAGGGUUUUUUGUUUUCUAUUUCAGGCUCUGUUGGUCGAUGCGCUAUGCGCGAUGCGAAUAUAUCUAUCUGGCUUGGGAGCAGGGGGGGAUCUUCGUAGUUUUUUUUUGGUUGUUUAUGGUUUCUUAGCUUUUUUGGGGGGGGAGAAGAAGAGAGAGGGAGGAUGAAUGAAGAAUC